UGUAUAAAUCAUCAGUCUUCUUCCACUGCCCGCGAAUUCCCCACACCAAGCUACGCCAGAACUGUAGUGUAAUGAGUGUCUUUUUCGUACGGAGAAAACAACAACAAUGAAAAUACUCCUGGUUACAACAACCCUCUGUUUGAUCUUGGUAGCACCCGUCCGCAGCUUGCAGUGCUACUCCACGAACUUAGCCGCCUUGGAAGCCCAACGGAUCGACAGCAAGCCGGUCACCAAAGACUGCUCCGACUACCUCGCCGAGCUCGCCUACAGACAAGGCGAAUUCCUGCUGCCGUUCGACCAUGCCGAACUUCGUUGCUUCACCGUCAAAAUCGACACAGAUAGCGCCAAUAUCGCCAUACAAGGCUGCACCACUCGGAACAGCUGCGGCGCGAUGGUGAACCAAAUCAAAGCGAACACCUCGAAGCUGAUCGGAGAGGACUUCCGUUUGAACAACAUCGCCUGCAACGAGUGCGAGGAAGCCCUAUGCAACGGGGGCAUCGCACGAACUGUCGUCAUCAAAUCUUGGUUCUUCUACGUGAGAAAAAAAUACAUCGUUAUCACCGCCGCGACAUUUAUCGUUUUCAUGACCUUCUGGAUACUGCUGAAGGUUUUCUUGCGGAAGUACCGAGCGAGCGGCGCUGACAAAACAUACUCUUUGAUGAAAGUGUGAUUUUUUUUAAUGAAUAAAAGGAACAAUGAUCUAAUUACGCAAAAUUAGUGCUGGGAGCGUCACCGAACUACUUAUAACCGGUGCAUUCACAUGUUCCGGGUAAAAAUAAAUCGGUUGCCGUUUACCAGCAAUCGCAGUUUUACUUUCUAUGUGCCAAAUAUUUGUUCGGCGACUCGCUGAAUUGUCCACUGUUAUAAUUCAUUGUGCAUUUAAAUUCGAAGAUUUUUGUACUUAAGUAUAAAUAAAAUUGACGUUUGUAUGUAAUUUUUAUAAUUUUGAAAUAAUAAAAUUCGAUUAAAACCUGCAAA